UCCUCAGACAGUUCAUCAAGUUCACCUGAAUCCAGGAAAUUCUGACAGUAAUACUUAUCAGAGUAUUCAGCAGAUGAGAAAUGCAAUGGAGAAAGAGAUUAAGAGUGAGAGAACAAGAGGAAAUGGUAGAGAGUUAGCAUUCACCCUCAUGCCGUUGUAUGCUCUUGGAGUGGGAGUGUUUGCAGCAUACAAAUUUCUUAAGAUGAAAUCGCAUGAAGAAAGUCUCUCCAAAAAGGAAAAAAGUACAGAAGACAAAGCAAAGGAAACGGAGCAUCAGCUUUUAGAACUGGAGCAGCAUCUAGCACAGACAGAGAAAAUGUUAAAUUCUUUAUUGACUCAGCUGGAUCCACUGUCAAACUGUGUUAAUGCUUUAGCUUGUGAGCAGAAAGAUGAAAUAAUGACACAGCUCCAAUCAAUUAGACGACUGAUGAAAGAAAGUGGAUUGGAUAAAUCAGAAAACAAGAUGAAAGAUGUCAGCCACAUUUGUAAUGAGAAACUUGAAGAUCUCAUUCAGUCAUUUGCUGAACAUUCUCAAGAGAAAGAAACAGAUGACAGAGAAGAUGAUGGUAAUGAAGAUUUGCUUGAGGAUGUUGAUAGUGAUUACAAGAUGGAAGAGCAUGAAUUAUAUGAUGAAUGUGAAGUACACCAGUUUGAGCCAGAUGUGGUAGAAGACCAAGAAAUGAUAAACAAGGAUGUGAUUGAAUCAGAAGAGAUGGGAUUGAGGAGACGUAAUAGAUAUGAAGGAAAUCUGCAUAUGUAAAACUUUCAAAAGCUUAUGAAUUUUUUUUUUUACAACGUUGUAUGCACUUUAAACUGUUUUGAAUGAAGUUACGUGCACUGCUACAUGCUUUAAAAGAGGGGUGAAAUACUGCCUGUGCUCAUAUCUAUGACGGCUCUGUAACUGACUUCAGUGGCAGCAGAAUUUCACUCAGGAUGUUUACAUUUUUUUUUAAUUUAUUUUUUCCUAUAAAAAUAUUUCUGUACUCUGUAUAUAAUGCACUGUAAUUAUAUCUGAUGCUUCACUAAAAUAUUGGAAUAUCUUGUAAUUAAGACUAUAAAGAAUAGAUGUUUCAUAAAUGUUUUCUAACUAGUAAGCACAGUGCCGCUUGAACUGUGACUUUCUUGAGUUCAUUAAAGAGCAUGCACUGAU